AUGGCGCCGGCGGCAGAGGGAAGGAGGAGAGCGAAGCGGGUGACCGACCCGCUGGACGACCGAGUCAAGGCCCAGCUGAGGGGCGACGAGUACCGGCUGGGAGGGUACGUCAGUAGCGGCAGCGAGCACGAGGGCGCCGGCGAGCUCUCCGGCUUCAUCGAUGGGAUCUUCUUCUCCGACGAGGAGGAGGAGGACGCUGCCGCCGGUGGAGUAGGAAGCGGGGAAGGAGGAGACGAGAAGGUGGGGUCGGAUGCUGAGGAGGGUUGGCCGCAGUUGUCUGCUGGGUCUACGGCGGCGAUAGUGCGGGACCUGCUGAAGCCGGCGGUGGCCGGGGACCCGUUCCGGCGGGAGCUGGCGGCGCAGGUAGCGGAGUUGGUGGAGAGGCUGGCGCCGCUGCGGCCGAACCGGGCGGCGUUCCGGAGGGCGCUGAUGGGUUCCCUCAGGGAAUCGGGAUACGAUGCCGGGAUCUGCAAGGCCCGUUGGGAGAGCCGUGGCGGCGCCUCCGCGGGGAACUACGAGUACAUCGACGUCCUCAGGCCGUCAUCGUCGACGACGCCACAGAGGUACCUGGUGGACGUGGAGUUCGCCGGUGAGUUCGAGAUCGCGCGACCCUCGCCGGAGUACGAGCGGGUGGCGGCGCAGCUGCCACGGGUUUACGUGGGACGGCCGGAGGAGAUGAAGCGGCUGCUCAGGCUACUGGCCGACGCGGCGAAGCGAUCGCUGCAGUCGCGGGAGAUGCACAUCCCGCCAUGGCGGAAGGGGCGGUACAUGCAGGCCAAAUGGCUGGGCGCCUACCGCCGGACCACGAACCUUACGCCGGCGGGAUCGACGGCGGCGCCAGCGUCUCAUCCGUCCUUCACGGCGGGGCGGGACGUGAAAUGCCGGCUCGUAGGGUUCGACGCGGCGCCGCGUCUUGCAGUCCUGCCGGCGGCCACCAGGGCGAGAUGA